GCUUUGGUCUGGUCACCACCAGAGGGACAGUAGACUGAGGAAAAUGAUUAGCGUGGACAGCCUUCUCCGCCAAAAGAUGAAUUCCUUUACCAGUAACAUAGACUGGAUGAUACAGAAGUUUUAAUGUUCUGAGACGUAAACGAGAACGCGUCGAAGCACUCUGUGGACAACGGUGGGAAAACGGAACGGUACGCGUCAGUGCCAGGAAUACCGUUAACUGUCUGCAGGAUGCCGCGGGACAGAACUCCUCUCAUCCAGAAGAUCGCCAAACAGGCUUCUAUCACCUUUAAAGACUGUCUGUCCAAAGACAAUGGAGAGCACAAGCCGCUCCCCGAACAACACAAACAGCUCAUCUCCCUCGUAACCGCGCUCAGAGCUGCGGAUCUCAAAUUAGCUCCCCGGAAAAGCAACCGCCCUGGACCAGAAGGGGCCCAGAGCCCGCCCGUGACUUACAUGCACAUCUGUGAAACCCCAGUGUUUAGCAUGGGCGUGUUUAUCCUCCGCACAGGCACCUCUAUCCCACUGCACGACCACCCGGGAAUGAACGGCAUGAUAAAGGUGCUGUAUGGGAAGGUGGGUGUGCGCUGCUUUGACAAACUGGACUCUGAUGGAGCGGUGCCCCCUGUGUUUGAGCCGCCCCUGAGUCAUUCACAGGUCCCGUCUCUUUGCCGCUCUAUGCUGCACUGUGUGUCUGAGUACUCUGCCAGCAGUCCCCCCUGUCUACUCACUCCCCAACGAGACAACUUGCACCAGAUUGAAGCAUUAGGGGGGCCUGCUGCCUUCCUGGACAUCUUGGCACCCCCCUAUGACCCUGACAAUAACCGAGACUGUCACUACUACAGAGUCCUGCAGGUCUCAGCCCCAAGCUCUGAGUCUCCAGAGGAAACAUGGCUUUUAGAGAUUCCUCAGCCAGAGGACUUCUGGUGUGGGGGCCAGGCUUACCCCGGGCCCCCAGUGUCAGUGUGAGGAGUGACUUGUGUCUCAGAAUGCACCCUGCAGCUCGGUGCGUCUGGGUAAGUGGAUGUGAAGACGAGUGCUUACAGUUGGAUAAUGCAACAGGGUUUGGACAGAGUUUUUCCUGGACCUCAUAAACACUAAUAUCAGACUUAAAUGUUACAGUAUUCAUUUUCUAAAGCAACUAUUCCAUCUUCUCUGAUUAAAAUUCAAUGCAAUGUGCAUUAAAUGUUUUAAUUUGAAGCAAGAGCUAACAUUCCAAAGCAGCUUGCUUUAUUCAGUGCAGUGUUUUCAGAAAGACUGUUAGCGGUUGGAAUGACAGAAAAGCACACGUUUGGUUUACCCAGCUAGAGCCGACUGGACCAAGCUAUGACAUAUCUAGAGCUGCUGACAAGUUCAGGUCUGGACAUGUUAUUGAUUGUAAUGAUUAUUAAUCAAUAAAUAAUGUCAUACA